UAUAUUCUAGUCUAUCCUAAAAUUUUAUAAUGGGUAGUCAACAGUGGAAGAUUGUAUUUUUGGUUUUUAUUUUUCUAGCCAAAAACAGCAUUGUUGGUGCAGGUAACAGUUUACGAAUAAUUGGGGGACGCAAAGCUAACAUUGAGGACCAUCCGUGGAUAGUUUCUCUCAGAAAUUUUAACAAAGUUUUCGGAGGAUGCGGAGGAUCUCUUGUAAAUGAGGACACUGUUGUUACCGCUGCGCAUUGCUAUGGUUUAAAAUAUGUUGUAGCUGGAGUUUCCAAAUUGUAUCGAAAAGAAGAAAUUUAUAUAGAAAUUAAGGAUUUUAAACAGCAUGACCAAUACAAUGACGAAGCUAUCGAUUAUGAUAUAGCAAUUGUUAAGUUAGCCGAAAAAGUUAAAUUCUCCAAUAAAAUUCAACCCAUACCUCUACCAGAACAAGAUGCCGAAGUACCACCGGGUGCUGUAGUUACCACUGCGGGUUGGGGCGUAACUGAGGAAUGGAAACUUCCUGAUCAUCUAUUGGAAAUAGACAUUAACAUCGUAGACCGACACACCUGCCAAUCAUUUUUUAAUACAACAAUUACUGACCGAAUGAUAUGCGCAGGGAAUAUUGAAGAAACAAAAUCCACAUGCGUCGGUGACUCAGGAGGACCACUAGUAAACAAUGGUACGUUAGUUGGAGUUGUAUCCUGGGGAGAUUACUGGUGCAAGGAAUAUGUUGCAGUUUAUACAAACGUCGGGCAUUUCUCAACAUGGAUUAAAAAAAUGGUGGCCUCUAAUGCUGAUUGAAGUAUCAUUCUUUCUUUUUCUUCUUUCCCAACUAAUAUGUAACAAAAAAGAUAUGAAUAAAAGAUAUAGAGAACUAA